AUGGAACUAACCCAGUAUGGGAUUGAGUACCAGCCCCGGUCCUCCAUAAAAGGUCAAGCCUUAGCCGACUUCUUGGUCGAGUGCACGGCGAGCGAAGAAGAAACGGAACACGCCACGGAGGACAGUUUAGGCGAGUGGUGGGAAAUGCAUGCAGACGGAGCGUCGAGUCGACGACACUGCGGGGGUGGAGUUAUGCUCAUCUCCCCGGAGGGGUUCCGACUAUACUAUGCCUUAAGCUACUUGUUUCCGACAUCUAACAAUGAGGCCGAAUAUGAAGCUGUGCUAAAUGGUCUGCGACUCGCCAAGGCCUUAGGAGUGGAGCGAUUGAGAAUCAAGACCGACUCCAGAUUGGAAGUCGGGCAGAUCUCAGGCAUGUGUGAGGCUAAGAACACGCGGAUGACUUUAUAUAAAGAGCGAGCGGUCGAGAUGUUAAAGAAAUUCGGAGCUUACGAAAUAGAAUACAUCUCCCGGGCAGACAACGUGGAAGCCGACAUAUUGUCUAAAAUUGCCUUGGAGGGAGUACCGGAUCAUCUUGUGAAGAUCUGCCAAAAGGAGGAGUUAGAGCGACCAAGUAUCGAGGAAACAACAGUAGAAGUCCAGCAGGUGACCGGCGAGGAAUGGGACCGAGAGAAGAACCCCGAGAUGUUCUGGAUAGAGGACAUCCGACGAUUCAAGGAAACAGGCGAAUUGCCGGAAGAUCCGGGAGUCGCCGCUAAGGUUCGACGAAAAGCCCCCUCUUUCGAAAUCAUUCAUGGGCAGCUAUACAAACGGUCGUUCGGGGGUCCUCUGUUGAAAUGCUUGCUCAGGCCCGAGGCCGAAAAAAUAAUGGACGAGGCUCAUAGAGGCAUCUGCGCCGCACACCAGGGCGCCCACACGCUCGCCCGAAAGUUGGUCGUCCAGGGGUAUUAUUGGCCGACCAUGAUGCGAGACUGCAUCGAAUGGAUAUCCAAGUGUGGCAUUUGCCAAGCGUUCGCCAGAAAGGACACUCGGCCGGCUACCUUCUACACGCCGGUCACCACGGCUAUUCCGUUUGCUAAGUGGGGAAUCGACUUGUUGGGGCCGUUACCAGUAGCUCCCGGGGGCCUGAAAUUUUGUGUCGUAGCUAUCGACUACUUCACCAAGUAG